AAAUUUUACCAGCCCAUCGAUCCAAGGACGCCUACGAAGCAAUCGACGGGGUUAUCAGAGUACUUGUAUAGGUUUGCCGGACAGGUGUUGGAAAAGCGAAGCAUUGAAAGCCAGGUUUGGAAGAAUCAAGUAAAAGUAUAGAUCUUGUAGAAUGGCGUCGACUAGUGAGAUAAUUGGGCAAUUGAAUCAGGCCAGAGAGCUUGCGUUUACUAGUAAGGAGAGUUUCCCCCAGGUGUUAAGACAUAUAUUUAACUUUGUUAAUAAUCCAAAUAUUGAAAUACAGUUAUGGUGUGCCAGAUUCAUGAAGGAAUCAUUUACCGUUGACGAAAGUCAAUUAUCAAUAGGGGACAAGAUUGACUUGGCCAUUGAUGCAAUGGAUUCAUUAAUCAUAUUAUCUAACAUUAAGAACUUGGAUAUAUUCACAUAUGCUAUUGACACUGCGAUUGUGUUAUAUAAGUUAAUCUUUCGUUAUGUGGCCGAUAAUGAUGGGUGUCAAGAUAUAUGGAAUAAAUUAAACAUGUUGAAAAAAUCCUUGAUAGAUAAGUAUUCUAAUAAUUUCCCAUAUGAGGAAAGUUUCAAUGGCGAAAUCAAUCAAGUGAAGAACUUACAUUCAAAAUUAGAAUUGUUAAAAUUUGUUAUAUUAGUUAUUGAUUAUCAAUCAAAAUCAUCAUCGAAUAUCAAGAAUUUUUCGUUAUUGAAAGUUAACCCUCAUCAUACUUUAAUUAAACCUCAAGUUAUUGAAGCUGAAAGUUACGCAUUACUUGAUUUAGUUUUAAAAGUAUUUAAUCAAGAUAUUUUAGUUCCUCCAUUGGUAACUGCUACUCUUAAUCAUUUAUCGAUAAUUUGUAAAAGGAAACCACAAUUUUUAUCAAAGAUUUGUUCGAUAUUGGAAAAUUUCGAAUCAAAUAAUAAAUUACAAUCGAAUUAUCAAUCAAUUGAAUCUUUUAAAUUAUCUAAAAAAUACGUUGAUAGAACUUUAAGAAUUUUAAUUAAUCACUUAUUAAGAAAUCAAUUGGUACCUCCACAAUUCCAAUCAUCUUUAAAUAAAAAAUUAUCUUCAUUAAUUAAUCGUGGUGAUGAAAUAAGAAAGAAAAAUAUUCUUAUUCCAAACGCUGAUGAUUCUAAAAUUAAAAAGAGAAGUUUUGAAGGUUUUGCUAAUCCAGUUAAAAAAUUAAAACUAGAUAAACCUGAUUACAAAAACUUAUAUUGUUUAAAUGAGCCUUCAAAUGAAUUAAAUGGAUUCGAUUUAUCGACUUUACCUCAAAAUAUUUUAAUUUCAAUGACUUUGGCUGCUUUAAAUAAAAUUCAUACUAAAAAAUUAAGUCUGGCUUUAGAUAUUAUUGGUUCAAGGUAUCUGGAUGUUAUAAAUUCCAUGUCUCCUCUGUUAAAACAAGCAUUAGCUGCUGAACAACAGCAGCAGCUACAACAACAGCAGCAACAACAACAAGGGUUGCCAGAUGUAUACGAUAUUGAUAAACUUGGUGGUGGGGAAAAUGGAGAAUCAGACGAUGAUGAUGAUGAUGAUAAUGUGGGCAAAGAUUAUAAUCCACAAACAGUAUUCAGUUUACCACCACCAAAACCAUUAAGUUUACAAGAGAAAAAGGAUCAUAUUAAUAUUAUUAUCAAGAAUUUUUUCAAAUUAUCCAAUCGAGAAAUUGUUGACAUUGAUAAUACAAAUAAUACUGAAACUGAUGAAGUAAAUGGUUAUAAGAUAAAUAAAGAAUUAUCAAGUAUUGCCAUUAAAAGUUGGAAGAAAAAUAGUUGGUCAAUUUUAUUAACAAGAUUAGCUACAAGAGGAAUGAGAAAUCAAGAUAAUGAAACAAACGAAUUAAGUGAUAUGAUAAGAAAUUCAAUUUUUGAAUUUUUUUUGGAUAAUAUUCAUACUAGAAUCGAUUUAAUUAUUGAAUGGUUAAAUGAAGAAUGGUAUAGUGAAAAAGUUUUCCAAGAAGAAAAAUAUAAAGAAUCCAUUAAGCAACAAGUUUUGCAAGAAUAUGAAAUUAAACCAAAUAAAAAUGAUUAUAAUUAUCAAUUAAAAUUAAAUUCAAAAUUAGAUGAAUUAAAAGUCGAUACUCCAAAUUAUACUAAAUGGGCAGGUAAAGUUUUAGAUGCAAUGAUUCCGUUCUUAGAACCAAAUGAUCGUAAAAUCUUCAUUAGAUUAUUAAGUGAUUUACCUUAUUUGAAUAAUGAAUUAGUGCAGAGAAUUAAAUCUUUAUGUUUUGAUCCAGUAAGAAUUAAAAUCGGGUUCCUAUCUCUACAAUUUCUAAUCAUGUAUAGACCUCCAGUCAAACAGGAUUGUAUUAAUAUCUUAAAAGAGUUAAGUGAAUCCGAUCAAGAUGAUUUAAAAGAUGAAUCAAAUAAAUUACUAGCUAAAUAUACAUAA